CUUAAUCUGCUCUCUCCUCUCUAGCUCUCUCAUCAUCAGCGAAGAACAACUCUUCGCUCUCUCUGCUCCGCUCUACUCUGAUCUCUCUGCUCGAAAUCACUAACGAUCCCUUCUCUGCAGCCUUAAUUUGAUUUGUCUUUAUCUAAUUUCGUUUAUAUCUUCUAAUCAAUUUCUUAUAAUGGAUGCAGGUUUGAAUCGUUGCCCACUUCAAGAACACUUUCUUCCCAGAAAAAGUUCCAAGGAAAAUCUGGACAGGUUCAUACCGAAUAGAUCAGCCAUGGAUUUCGACUAUGCUCACUUUGCCCUCACUGAAGGGAGAAAAGGUAAGGAUCAGACUGCAGCGGUAAGUUCACCAUCCAAAGAGGCCUACAGGAAGCAAUUGGCUGAGACCAUGAACUUGAAUCACACCCGGAUUCUCGCCUUCAGAAACAAACCUCAAGCUCCUGUAGAACUGCUUCCCAGCAAUCACUCUUCUUCUCUUCACCAACAACCCAAAUCCGUAAAGCCUCGUAGAUACAUACCUCAGACUUCUGAGAGAACCUUGGAUGCACCUGACAUUGUGGAUGACUUCUACCUCAACUUGCUGGACUGGGGCAGUGCUAAUGUUCUAGCCAUAGCUUUGGGCCUCACUGUUUACUUGUGGGAUGCUUCCACUGGUUCUACAUCUGAGCUUGUGACCAUUGAUGAGGAGAAGGGACCUGUCACAAGUAUCAACUGGGCACCCGAUGGUCGUCAUGUUGCAGUUGGACUCAACAACUCUGAAGUCCAGCUUUGGGAUUCUGCAUCUAACCGUCAACUGAGAACAUUGAAGGGUGGUCACCAGUCAAGAGUAGGAUCACUGGCAUGGAACAAUCACAUCCUUACUACUGGAGGAAUGGAUGGACUGAUCAUUAACAAUGAUGUGAGGAUCAGAUCACCCAUUGUUGAAACUUACAGGGGUCACACUCAAGAGGUCUGUGGGCUAAAGUGGUCAGGAUCUGGACAGCAACUAGCAAGUGGAGGCAACGACAAUGUGGUACACAUAUGGGAUCGUUCUGUUGCUUCCUCAAACUCAACCACACAAUGGCUGCACAGACUUGAGGAACAUACAUCUGCUGUGAAAGCUCUUGCGUGGUGCCCUUUCCAAGCGAAUUUGCUUGCAACUGGUGGUGGUGGAGGAGACAGGACGAUAAAGUUCUGGAAUACUCACACUGGGGCUUGCUUGAAUUCAGUAGACACUGGCUCCCAAGUUUGUUCGUUGUUAUGGAGCAAGAAUGAAAGAGAGUUGCUUAGCUCACAUGGGUUUACACAGAAUCAGCUUACACUUUGGAAGUACCCAUCCAUGGUGAAAAUGGCUGAGCUCACUGGUCAUACAUCAAGAGUUCUAUAUAUGGCCCAGAGUCCAGAUGGUUGUACCGUAGCUUCUGCAGCAGGAGACGAGACUCUGAGGUUUUGGAACGUUUUUGGAGUGCCAGAGACCGCCAAAAAAGCUGCUCCAAAAGCAGUUUCCGAGCCAUUUUCUCACGUGAAUCGUAUUCGUUGAAGCUGUGAAGACUCUAUUUUUUAUUACUAAAGGAUUCAUUCUUCGUGAAUAUUGACAAAUAGAGAUUGAGUUUGAAUAUAUUGAAAUUUGAAAA